AUGAAUGCUGCAGGUGGGAGAUGCAGAGCAGCAGCGGAUACCAGGCAGGAGACGGCAGCGGAGGAUCCGGAAAGGGAGGAAUUAAAGAAGUUUGAGAAGGCUCUGCUUGAAAAGAAGUCUAACGAGCUCGCGGAUAGAAUCGCCAGUGGAGAGUUCACAGUGGCUUCCAGAAGGUUUGUGAUUGUAUCGGAUCCUGUUGUGGCGAAGCACAUUCUGCGGGACAACGCUAAGUCGUACUCUAAGGGGAUUCUGUCUGAGAUUCUCGACUUCGUGAUGGGACAAGGCCUCAUUCCCGCUGAUGGCGAGGUGUGGCUCACUCGACGCCGCACCGUUGCCCCUGCGCUGCACAGAAAGUACGUGAGCGCCAUGGUGUCGUUAUUCGGUGAGUGCUCGCAGCGCCUGUGCGACAAGCUGGAGAGAGCAGCAGACAAGGGGCACGUGGUGGAGAUGGAGUCCCUCUUCUCACGCAUGACCCUGGAUGUGAUCGGCAAGGCCGUGUUCAACUACGAGUUCAACUCGCUCCAAAAAGACACGGGGAUCGUGGAGGCGGUGUACGUGACUCUAAGGGAGGCGGAGGUGCGGAGCACGUCGCUGUUCCCCUACUGGAAGAUCCCCCCCCUGCGAGUGGUCAUGCCCAGCCAGCGCAAGGUCUCAGACGCCCUCACGCUCAUCAACGGCACUCUCAACGCACUCAUUGCCGAAUGCAAGCAAAUGGUGGAAGCAGAGGAGGAGGAGUUUUUCGAGGAGUAUUUGAACAAGGAGGACCCCAGCAUCCUGCAUUUCCUGGUUGCUUCCGGGGAUGACGUCACGAGCAAGCAGCUGAGGGACGACCUGAUGACGAUGCUCAUCGCGGGGCACGAGACGUCUGCUGCUGUGCUCACAUGGGCGUUUUAUCUACUAGCUCAGAAUCCUUCAGCAAUGGCGAAACUGCAAGCAGAGGUGGACGCAGUGCUGGGCGACAGGCAGCCCAGCAUCGAGGACUUCAAGAAGCUGCGCUUCACCACGAGGGUGAUCAACGAGGCCAUGCGCCUCUACCCCCAGCCACCCGUGCUCAUCAGACGUGCUCUUGAAGACGAUGUGUUGGGAGGAUACCCCAUCAAGGAGGGUCAGGACAUAUUCAUCUCCGUGUGGAACCUCCACCACAGCCCCGAGCUCUGGCAGGACGCAGAGGCCUUCCGGCCCGAGAGGUGGCCGCUUGACGGGCCCGACCCCACCGAAGUCACCGAGAACUUCAGGUACCUUUCUUUUGGCGGUGGCCAGCGCAAGUACAUAGGGGAAGUGUUUGGCACGUUCGAAGUCACCACCCCUCACCUCCCCCUCCAUCUUCCCCCUCAUCUCACAGCUACCUUCCGUUUGGCGGGGGUCAGCGCAAGUGCAUAG